CUCGUGUAAUAACAGUGAUUAAUCAUUUGUCACCAGUUAAACCUUCGUUGGCCUACUGUAAUGCAUUUUCAAUUUUAUUUGAUUACUAUUCUUUUGUCUAUAACGUAUGUAAGCAGUAAAAAAUCUGCUAAAGGUCUCGAUGGAGCAGGCCUUGAAAUGAUGCUUGCGGCCAUAGGUGGUCUUGGCGGAGAUGGAGGUGGAUCGGGGUCAUCAGCAUCAGCCGAGGAAUCUGAGGACUCUGAAAUGGAUACUAGAGAGGUCAAGAAGUAUUUCGAUAGUAUGGCCAAAAUGGAAGAAAAGCUCUACAAGAAAGAGAUUCGACACCAAAUUAGUAAAGAAGAACAAGACCAGCUCAAAUAUUUUGAAGGCAUGCUUGCAAAAGUUAAACAAUUAAAUGCCCACGUGUAAAGUUAUUCCAUUGCAAUAAAAAUAAUGAUUUA